AUGAAUACACAGCUGGCAAGACAACAAGAAGAUUAUCUGGCAAGUGGAUUCCGGCGAGAAGAAACUGUUAAACCUCCAGGUGGACGGACCUAUAGAGAUAAAAAUAUGAUAACUAACAUUAAUUAA